GUACUGCAGUGAUGUUUGAUUAUAAAUUACUGGCUCAGGCAUCUUUCCCGUGUGGCUUCUUCUUGUGAAUUUUAGUUGCUCAGUUUAUUCAACUCUUUCCGCACAGCUGUGUUUGGCUUCUGUGUCCAUACACUUUAAAUCAUUUGUUGAUGGAGUAACCAUUGUUAAAAGCACAUUUUCUACUGCACCAUCUUUAAAAUACAGAUUCACAGACACUGUUCUCUAUUUUUUGUCAGUUAAAUCCCUCUGUGUAUGUUUUGCCUAUUGGUUGAAAUUGUUAAUCGACUAAACAGGUUUUGCGGAGCCAGAAGGAGUUUUAGUCAGUGUUUUGUUCACGCUGUUCAGCCACAGCUCAGUUCUUUCUCUUCCUCAGCCAUAAACUAGAUGCUUCUUCCUCAGAUUAAGCUGCAGAUUACAUCUGAAGCCACAGAGGUCACAACCAGCUUUCAGUUUUCACAUCAGCAAACACAACACAUGGUAGAAAGAUCUACUCUAAUGAUUUAUUCAGCAGUCUGGUGGACUAACAUACUACUUUACUGACCUUUCCCUUUGAAAUAAUAGUUUAAAACAACAUGAAACCCUUAAACAUUUCUUUUUAGCUCAUUACAGCUGCAUUUAUUCCUUUACUGCAUGUCUGGAGUGUCUGUGAAAUAUAGUCUGUCCUUUUGCAGUCAAAGAGUCUCCAUAAGCCCAGAUUCGCCCCUCAGGCCGACCACUGACUGUGUUUCUCGGGGAGGCCUGUGUCGAGUCCCAGAGGAAAGAGCCAUGGCCAAUAACUCCCUACGCAGGUCCAAACAUGGCCAACAUGCAGAGGCCAACCACGAGGCCGAGUUCAGCUGCUCCCUCAUGGAGCUGCGUUCGCUGAUGGAGCUGAGAGGACCGGAGGCGCUGAGCAGGAUUAAGGAGAGUUACAAAGAUGUGACGGGACUGUGUGCCAGACUGAGGACCUCACCUGUAGACGGUUUAGAUGGAAACUCCGAAGAUAUUAACAGAAGAAAGGAGGAGUUUGGAAGGAACCUCAUCCCUCCUAAAAAGCCAAAAACCUUUGUGCAGUUAGUGUGGGAAGCCCUGCAGGACGUCACGCUCAUCAUCCUGGAGAUAGCAGCCAUCAUUUCACUGGGCCUGUCCUUCUACCACCCGCCAGAGACCAAGAGACAGAACUGCGGCCGGGUGAUCGGCGGCGUGGACGACGAAGGCGAGGCUCACGCCGGCUGGAUCGAGGGCGCUGCCAUUCUGCUGUCGGUCGUGUGCGUGGUCCUGGUCACGGCCUUUAACGACUGGAGCAAAGAGAAGCAGUUCCGGAGUCUUCAGUGUCGCAUCGAACAGGAGCAGAAGUUCACGGUGGUCCGAGGGGGGCAGGUCAUUCAGGUCAACGUGUCUGAGCUGGUCGUUGGAGACAUCGCACAGGUCAAAUAUGGCGACCUCCUACCCGCUGACGGUGUCCUGAUUCAGGGAAACGAUCUGAAGAUUGACGAAAGCUCUCUUACCGGAGAGUCGGAUCAUGUGAAGAAGAGCGUUGACAAGGACCCCAUGAUGCUGUCAGGCACUCACGUGAUGGAAGGCUCUGGCAAGAUGGUGGUCACCGCUGUGGGGGUGAACUCUCAAACCGGCAUCAUCUUCACUCUGCUCGGUUCAAGUGAGGACGGCGACGUCGAUGCUGAGAAGGAGAAGAAGAAGAAAGAGAAGAAGGACGAUGAGCGGAAAAAGAAAGAGAAGAAGGACAAGAAAAGUAAAAAGGACGACAAGGGCAAGAAAGGGAAAAGCAAAGAUGAUCCCAGCGUGGAGAUGCAGCCCCUCAACAACGAGGGAGAACCGGAAAAGAAGAAGCUACCGAAGAAGGAGAAGUCGGUUCUCCAGGGCAAACUGACCAAACUGGCCGUGCAGAUCGGCAAAGCAGGCCUGUUCAUGUCAGCCAUAACCGUUCUCAUUCUCAUCGCUCGCUUCCUCAUUGAUAUCUUCGCCAUCCAGGGAAUCCCAGUGACCUCUCACUGUGUGCCCAUCUACGUCCAGUACAUGGUCAAGUUUUUCAUCAUCGGCGUGACAGUGCUGGUGGUGGCCGUGCCUGAAGGCCUUCCCCUGGCCGUCACCAUCUCCUUAGCUUAUUCAGUCAAGAAAAUGAUGAAGGACAAUAACCUGGUCCGCCACCUGGAUGCCUGUGAGACGAUGGGCAACGCCACGGCCAUCUGCUCCGACAAGACGGGCACGCUCACCAUGAACCGCAUGACCGUUGUACAGGCCUACAUAGCAGGAUGCUACUACAAAAAAGUCCCAGAUCCGGACCUGAUCCCUGCCAAGAUCCUGGACCUGCUCGUCCUGGGCAUCGGGGUCAACUGCGCUUACACCACUAAGAUUAUGCCCCCAGAGAAGGAGGGUGGGCUGCCUCGCCAGGUGGGAAACAAGACGGAAUGUGCCUUACUGGGAUUAACCCUCGACCUGAGCCGAGACUACCAGACGAUCCGCAAUGAGAUCCCAGAGGAGAGGCUCUUCAAGGUCUACACGUUCAACUCGGUGAGGAAGUCCAUGAGCACCGUGUUGAAGAACGCUGAUGGCAGCUAUCGAAUGUUCAGCAAGGGGGCGGCUGAGCUCCUGCUCAAGAAGUGCUGUAAGAUCCUGAAAGCCAAUGGGCAGACCAGUAUGCUCAAACCUCGGGACCGAGACCACCUGGUGAAGAAGGUGAUUGAGCCGAUGGCGCUGGAGGGCCUCAGAACCAUCUGCCUCGCGUACAGAGACUUCCCCAGCAGCGAAGGAGAGCCCGACUGGGACGACGAGGCCCACAUCCUCUCUGGCCUCACCUGCAUCGCUGUGGUCGGCAUUGAGGACCCUGUGCGACCUGAGGUACCGGAGGCCAUCAGAAAAUGCCAGCGGGCUGGCAUCACUGUCCGCAUGGUGACUGGAGACAACAUCAACACUGCACGGGCUAUAGCCGUCAAAUGUGGCAUCCUGCAGCCUGGAGACGACUUCCUGUGUCUCGAAGGCAAAGAGUUCAACCGAAGGAUCCGCAACGAGCUCGGAGAGAUUGAGCAGGAGCGCAUUGACAAGCUUUGGCCCAAGCUCAGAGUCCUCGCCAGAUCAUCACCAACAGACAAACACACUCUGGUCAAAGGUAUCAUCGACAGCACCAUUCUGGAGCAGAGACAGGUUGUUGCUGUCACUGGGGAUGGAACCAACGACGGCCCUGCCCUCAAAAAAGCAGACGUGGGCUUCGCCAUGGGCAUCGCGGGGACAGAUGUGGCGAAGGAGGCGUCCGACAUCAUUCUGACUGAUGACAACUUCAGCAGCAUCGUCAAGGCCGUGAUGUGGGGCAGAAACGUCUACGACAGCAUCUCCAAGUUCCUCCAGUUCCAGCUGACGGUCAACGUGGUGGCUGUCAUCGUCGCCUUCACCGGAGCCUGUAUCACCCAGGACUCGCCUCUGAAGGCCGUGCAGAUGCUGUGGGUCAACCUCAUCAUGGACACGUUCGCGUCGCUGGCUCUUGCCACCGAGCCGCCGACGGAGUCGCUGCUGCUCAGGAAACCGUACGGCCGCAAGAAGCCGCUGAUUUCGCGCACCAUGAUGAAGAACAUCUUUGGACACAGCAUCUACCAGCUGACCGUCAUCUUCACCCUGCUCUUCGUCGGUGAGAAGCUGCUGGACAUCGACAGCGGCAGGGACGCCCCCCUUCACGGACCCCCCUCUGAACACUACACCAUAGUCUUCAACACCUUCGUCCUCAUGCAGAUCUUCAAUGAGUUCAAUGCCCGUAAGAUUCACGGGGAGAGGAACGUCUUCGAGGGGGUCUUUCGAAACCCUGUUUUCUGCUCCAUCAUUCUGGGGACCUUGGUCACACAGGUCGCCAUCGUGCAGUUUGGUGGUAAACCCUUCAGCUGUGUGGGUCUGUCCGCUGAGCAGUGGCUGUGGUGCAUCUUACUGGGCCUUGGCACUCUGCUAUGGGGACAGCUGGUGUCCAGCGUCCCCACCAGUUGGCUCAAGUUCCUGAAGCCUGCAGGCCACGGCACACAGCAAGAGGAGAUCCCUGAGGAGGAGCUGGAGGAGAUGAACGACCUGGAUGAGAUCGACCAUGCUGAGAUGGAGCUGAGGAGGGGACAGGUGCUCUGGUGUCGUGGCCUCAACCGCAUCCAGACGCAGAUCCGGGUGGUGAACGCCUUCAGAGACAGCGUUUCUCCCUACGAGGGUCUGGAGACGCCCGAGUCUCGCAGCUCCAUCCACAACUUCAUGACGCACCCGGAGUUCCGCAUCGAGGACUCGGAGCCUCAGAUCCCACUGAUUGAUGAGAACGACGGUGAGGACGAAGCCCCCACCAAACGAAACUCCAUCGCCGUGCCACUGCUGCUGACAGAACAUUCCACUGCCCCACAAACCCCGUCCACGCCCCGGCUCAACAACAACGCCCUGGACCACGUCCUCCCGCUGCAUAAAGACACCUCCAGGUCUGGCCUCGUCCCGCCCAACUCAGCAGGUCUGCCACCCUGUCCUGGAAGCCCCCUACACAGCCUGGAGACCUCACUGUGAAGCCUGGCACCAGACCGGACGUAUUUUAAACUGGUCGAUCUGGUUCAAGAGAUAAAGAGGAAAAAAACAGACACAUUGGUUCUCGUCAGGAGCUGACGUGCUGCAGGCAGAGACUGUUGUCUCUCAUGACGUUAAUGAAGUGUACAGUUGACGUGAAGGUAAAGAGGUGGUCACUGGACUGUGAUCUGUAAAUAUUCAUAUUGAUGUUCAGACAUUCAGGGCUUUAGUCUGCCGUGUCUCUGAGCAUCAUCAGACACGUUGAUUCAAGCUGCCAUUGAUAACAGGUAGGUUUGUUCUGUGAAACGUCUAGUCAGUCAGAGUAGGGCCAGUGGGAUUUGUGUUUGUAGACAGAAGAUCAAGGACAUUUUCCAACAAAGGGCAAAUUCAUUUAAAUAUUUAAAUGUCUAAAAUUACAUUAUAGUUUAGUAUUUUUGUAAAAAUGUUUUAAGAUUUAAAAAAACAAGCACAGCAGGAUGUUUGUCACAAACUUCUUUUAUUUAUUUACUGUAAAAUUACUUCAAAGAAGUCUUCGCCUCAACAUACAAGGUUUCAAGAGAAAUAAACUCAGUACUAUAGGUAUUACCUAUUAAUGUAGGUAAUUGUCAAAUUAUAAGAAUAAAUCAAUAAAAGCUAAAAUAUUAAUGCUUAAUAUUGUAAUAUGCUAAUGCUUAGAAAGAAGUUUGAGGAAAACUGUUUAAUUGGAAAUCUGGUUAAAACCUGUACAUGGACUAAUCUUCCAUGUCACCGUGGAAACGCCUGAACUGUACCUGUCCUGUGAGUUUACUGUCACUGAGAUGGAGGAACAAGAGCCAGUAAAGCUGCCUGGCAGGUGUUCCAGCUCCUCCUGGUGGGGAAUCAGCUGAACUAGUUCCUGCUUCACUGAAAGACUGCACUGUGGAGGAUUUUCUACACGAGCUCAACUUCAUCGGAUCUGUACUGCUGUUUGGACUCACUGAUCUGAACUGAGCACAUGCACCUCACGUCACUGUGAUGGCAGUGGUCUCUGAUACAUCCUCUCAGGCCUGUUAGAUCAACUCCACUACACCUGUUAUUUAUAUAAUCUGGGUUUUAUUUGAGACAGUGAAGUAAAAAAAAUAGAUACUAUUAAUUUAACACUUUCA